ACGGGCGGCCAUGGCGGUUGGCGGCGCGUGCUCGGCCGGGGAGCGGGUCGGGCGGGUGGUGCUGCCUGGGGAGGCGCUGCUCUUGCCGGGCCACGGCGAGGCUGACGCGGGGGAGCGGCUUCGCCUGGCCACCAACGGGCCUCAGAAGGGGAGGCUGGUUUGCGGGCCGGGGCUGAGGCGCGGCGGGGAGGGCCUGCUGGUGACCAAGUGCGGGGUGCUUCGCUAUCGCGGAUCCGGAAGUGGUUCCGGGGGAGUCUACUGGGUGGACUCCCAGCAGAGGCGGUAUAUACCAGUCAAGGGGGAUCACGUGAUCGGCAUAGUGACUGCCAAAGCUGGGGACAUAUUCAAAGUGGAUGUUGGAGGAAGCGAGCAGGCGUCUCUCUCCUUCUUGGCAUUUGAAGGCGCAACCAAAAGGAAUAGGCCAAAUGUACAGGUGGGAGACCUUAUUUACGGACAGUUCAUCGUUGCCAAUAAAGACAUGGAACCUGAGAUGGUCUGUAUAGAUAGCAGUGGCCGGGCAAAUGGAAUGGGAGUGAUUGGACAAGAUGGCUUCUUAUUCAAAGUAUCACUAGGCCUGAUCAGAAAACUCUUAGCUCCAGACUGCGAAAUCAUCCAGGAUUUGGGACAACUAUAUCCAUUUGAGUUGGUGUUAGGAAUGAAUGGAAGAAUUUGGGUGAAAGCCAGAACAAUUCAACAGACUUUAAUUGUGGCAAAUGUCCUGGAAGCCUGUGAACACAUGACUGCAGAACAGAGGAAACAAGCAGUUGCCAAAUUGUCAGAAAACUAAAGGGAGAAACAAACUCACUCAUUUUAUAUUUUGUGUGGAAAUUAUAGAAUAUGAAGACAAAAAUAUAUAUAUUUUGUAUUUUGUAUUUAAGACAAUAAACAUUAACAGUU